AUCUGCAGUUAAUCCGACAGGAUUGGUUUGAAGUCAGCGGACUCGAGAAACAGGAGCGGAGAGGAAUGACGGAGUUGACUGUUUUAACUCCAGAAACACGGACUUUAGACGAUGUUAAUGUACAAACAGGAGUACUAAAAGGAUAAUAUAUAAGUUUUUAGACAUGAGAGACUAACUUUGGAGGUGAGUUUUUGGGGGAGACGCAGAAGUUGACGGGGCAGUCCGCCGAGGUCUCAACAUGGAUGUCCAGGGAGCAACGGUGCGGCUCUGAGGAGGAAUUAAGGCCGUUUCUGGGUUAUUUCUGGUCGCGAGUUUGUCUGGCGAAGCUGAGGAGGAUUUAAAAAUCAGCAGCUUAUUUACCAGGUCUAAAAUUCAAGUCUGAGUUGUUGUGGCUAUAGGCUAAACUAAGAUGCUGAAGCUGAUGAGGCGAGAUGUGCCGCUCUCAGAGAGGCUGGGGGAUGACGCUCCUCUGGCCGCAGCGCCCGGCCCCCUGCCAACGGCAGCCCCAACGGGCCCCAACAUUUCGUGGCUCCCUGAAGCCCCACUGCUGAGCCCGGACCAGCCUAUCUUCCUCAUGACUCCCGCAGCGCAGGCUGUGUCUGGCUUCUUCGUCUGGACCGCACUCAUUCUCACCUGUCACCAGAUCUACAUGCACCUACGUUUCUACAGCUCGCCGAGGGAGCAGCGCCACAUCGUACGGAUCCUCUUCAUCGUUCCUAUCUACGCCUUCGACUCUUGGCUCAGCCUCCUCUUCUUCACCAACGACCAGUACUACGUGUACUUUGACACCGUCAGGGACUGCUACGAGGCGUUUGUGAUUUACAACUUCCUGAGUCUGUGCUAUGAAUACCUGGGAGGAGAGAGCGCCAUCAUGGCUGAGAUCAGAGGAAAACCCAUCGAGUCCAGCUGUAUGUACGGUACCUGCUGUCUGAGGGGGAAGGCCUACUCCAUCGGCUUCCUGCGCUUCUGCAAGCAGGCCACUCUGCAGUUCUGCGUGGUCAAACCGCUCAUGGCCGCCAUCACCGUCAUCCUGCAGGCCUACGCCAAAUACAAGGACGGAGACUUCAAUGUUGCCGGCGGUUACCUGUACGUGACCAUCAUCAACAACAUCUCGGUUAGCUUGUCUCUGUACGCCCUCUUCCUCUUCUACUUCUCCACCAGGGAGCUGCUCAGCCCUUACAGCCCCAUGCUCAAGUUCCUCAUGGUCAAGUCCAUCAUCUUCCUGUCCUUCUGGCAGGGCGUGUUGCUGGCCAUCCUGGAGAAGUGCGGGGCCAUCCCCGAGAUUGACUCUGUGGAGGUGUCUGUCGGCGAGGGGACGGUCGCCGCCGGCUACCAGAACUUCAUCAUUUGCAUCGAGAUGUUUUUCGCGGCGCUGGGUCUGCGCCACGCUUUCACGUACAGAGUCUACAUGGACAAGAGUCUGGACUCCCAAGGACCUGUUCCUACAUAUGGAGAGUUUGGCCGCUGUGCCCCUAUGAAGAGCAUCUCCAGCAGCCUGAAGGAGACCAUGAACCCGGGAGACAUGGUCCAGGACGCCAUCCACAACUUCUCCCCGGCCUAUCAGCAGUACACCCAGCAGUCCACGCUGGAGCAGGGGGUGCCGCAGCCCGUCUCCCGCACGCACAGUGCCGUCAGCGGCCGCGGCGACACGGAGAAGACCCUCCUGCUGAGCUCCGACGACGAAUUCUAGAGCAAAAAAAAAAAACGAGACUGUUUUAAUGGCGGAAGGUACUUUAUCCUCCUGUGUAGCUGGCCCUCUUCAGUGUGUGAAUGGUUAGAGAGGUGUGUAUUUCAAUGUUCCUGUUACGGAGACUGAUCAUGGAUGCAAGGAUCUUCCUGCAUUACCGUUUGUGCACCCACGUUUCCCCGAGCGUCUUAUUUAGCGGGAACACUUUAAGCUGAUUUUGUUAUAAACCCUUCUCAAGAAAAUGAAAAGGCUCGUGUUAAGUUUUCAGGAAAGUUUGUGAGUCACACUCUUACAUACUGACUCGCACUUGACUUUUGGAAAGUUUCCUGGCUUGCCUAGAAGCUUAAUUUCACAUUUCAGCUCCGUCAUGUGGCAAUGCAAUCAUCCUAAUGGAUGUUCUAUUUUUUGUCCUGGGCCUGGAUUGGUUUUGCAUUUUGAAGGCCCUGUUGUUGUUUUUUUUUAGAUAGUCAUUGUGUUCAUCAAGCCAUGCAAAUCCUUUUUGUGAACUUAAAACAAAUAUUUAGAUACAAAUUUGCAACAAUUGAACAAAUUAGUUGGUCUGCAAAUACAUUCAUGUGCUUCAAACAGAAGCUGUUUUUCAGAAGAAAUCCGCCAUAAAAAUGUUUUACGAAGUCAUAAACCGAACAUAGAGGAAAUUGUAAGUGAGCUGGGGAGACCCUGGUGCAUUGUGGGAUUUAAGGGACACCCUUCACUGCAGUGUGGGGAUGGAUUUAAAGGGAAACUUAAGUGGAAAAAAAACACGAGUUAAUGUCAGUUGUAUGGAUCAGGAGAGCAGAUUAUAAAUUAUACAGUACAGCCGCUCCAGGAGGAGACGAGCAGCAGCAUCAGAGACGGUCAGGAUUACGCCGGGGUUACCGGGCCGCUAUUUGAGUGGCCGGGAUUAGAGUUUGUGCCGGUUCACUCAGGGAGUAGACCUCUGCAGGACACAAUGUAGGUUAACGGGGUUGAGGGAAAAACAAGGGAGGAAUAUAGGUCAGUAGAGGAGCUUCAUCGAAUGAAUUAAAGCUUUCCUUUGAUAAUAAACAUUGAAAACCCCCCCCAGAAAGGAUCCAUACAUCCGUCAUUGUUUCAGUCAUUUCAUUUUAAGUAGUGCAUUUUGAAAUAUCCACCCAUUUCACAACCUUAAGUUCCUGAUUGGCUCCAGAUACUUGAGAAAGACUAAAAUCCAUCCAAAGCAGGUGUGUUUCUGCACUGGCCCCCGACACACCCACUGUAGUCACUUCUUCGUCAGCCAAUCAGGUUUCAGUAUUGUGCGUUGUUUUGCUUGUAAGGCUCUAAGUCGUAAGCUUAGCUUCAGUUUUUUGCACAUUUUACAGUUCUUAUCCUGAGCUCGUUGAAAGCUUAAAAAAAAAAAAACCUUGAAUAUUAGCACAAUAAUAUGGGGAAAUAUAUUAAGUCUACCACAUUUUUAUUUUAUGCAUUUACAGUCAAUAUUCUCUCAGUUAAAAAUAACAUGUAAUGUGUAAACUUGUUACAUUUCUUCCACUUGGAUGCUCUUCUGUUCUUCCAGGCAGUCUUUUUUUUCUUUCUUUUUUCGAUUUAACUUCACCACAGGCAGAGCUGGUUAUUUGUUUUACACAUAAUUGAAGUUCUUGAGUCAUGUGAAUGAGUCAUGGCGAGUCUGCCGACGUGUUUACUGCGAGUACUGCCACCGCUCUGCUGUAGCUCCGUGUGAACACCAGGGGGCCGCGUGGAGACCACAUGGACACAUUCCCACUCUUAUCAACAGGCAGACAGGCACUUAUCACACACUUUAAGCUUGGUGCACGUGUAACUGCUUUGUCUGAGCACUUUCCUUUUUGUCUUCUCAACACGCCCCAGCCUCAGACAGUGGUCAUGGGUCUUUCUUUUAUUUCUGCUUCUGCCUGACAUAAUAUUGGUUUUAAAUUAAAGGACAGAAGCCAUGUCUGUGCACAGGAGCAGUGUCCUAUUUUUAGACUUUGCUGAGUGUUGUGUGGGUAAUUGGGUUGCUGCAUUUUGACAUGGAUACAAAGUGGAUUCUUUUUAACAUAACUGAGCUUCAUCCCUCUACAAAUUCCCCUCUAUUUCCUUUAUAAAAGCACUGAUCAGUUGAUUGUGUUGCAAUUACAGUACACUACAGUUUCUUAUCAAUACAAAUGCAUUUUAACGCUGAACCAUUGAAUGACCGUGCCGAUAUUUUUGGAUUAAAGACAAUUGUUUUUUGUUUUUUUUGUGAGUUGGUUGGUGUGCUUCUUUGGAUAUUUUCAUGCUACAAAUUGAAAAACAAGUCUUAUCAGGGUGGAAAUGAACCGAUACAAGUUUUGUUUUUUUAAAUUGAAUUACAGCUCCUAAAGACAGGUUUCCAAUUUGAAAGCAAAGUUGACCGUAUAUCCAUUGUACUGCGCUUUGAAUGCCAUUAUUCACUUUCGAGCUUCUUCCUCUUUCUCUACGUCUUCAUUAUCUGGUGACGUGUGAGAUGUGCUGAGGAAAUGCUGCAGAUGUAAAUACAGCUUUCAGUGCUGUCUACAGGAGGAGUGAUGUAUGUGGGAAUAGUCAUAUGUUGUAAAAAUGGAGCGCAGGAGAAGAAAAGACCUACUUUUGUAUUUUUACUUAACUGUCUUUUUUUUUAUUAUUUCACAUGACUGUUUUUGGUUUCUAGUUGUUUGUAUAUGAUAAAGCUGCUCAUGAUGCUAUUAUUUCAUGUCAAAUGGAGAAAUAUCUGCAGAUAUAUUAAAAGAUAUUUAGUCUAAAACAA